UGACUGCGCAUGAGCAGAACCAAAUAUCUUGUGUACAUAGGCAUGCUAAGAAAUCAGACACGUCUGCCGAGCCAAACCUAUUAAUAUUAACACCGUAAACUGGCAAUACAGCAUGUCAUUUGAUGGACUAAAGUGGUAUAAGCGCACGGCACUGAUGUAUGCAAUCGGAACUUGGACUUUGCUUGGGUCUUGUGCAUAUUACACAUUUUAUAACAGCGACCCACGAGUUGUUUUGCCUAAAAAGGAGGAGGAGAAGGACCCAUCACCAAAUGUGAGAAUAAUUAAAUCAUCUCACAUGACAUCAGAAAUAACCUACAAGGAACAUUUUGUCCCAUAUUCCACAAGAUUUCUGGAAUUUUUCAGACCCAGAGCUGAUGACACUUCUGGAAGUCGAAAUGAUGAAAAAUAGCAUGCAUGUCAUGUUAAAUUGAGCUGCUGUACAGUAUAUUUCAUUACAUUGUCUUUGGACAGUUUUCCAGAACCUUCUUUAAAUUAAAAAGAAAGUAUCUGUGAUGAUUUUCUUUGUUUUCAACAGAUAAAAAAAUAUAAAUGUUUAAGAUUAAAAAAAUAUUUUGCUUUCAUGUAUUUAUUUCCUUCUGUAGAGAGAAUGUUAAAAGAAGUGAUAAGGUUAUUACUAUUAGCAUAUUGUGUUAAGGUUCUUGUUAAGAUUUCAAUAUUGUCCAAGACCCACAGGUUUAAAGUUGAAUACAUUUUUUUCAAUAUA